AUGUCGGUACACGCAGAUGCGGCGUAUAUUUUUUCGAAUCGCCAUGGGCUUGGUGCUCUUCUGAAGGAUGGCUAUCGUACCUUCACAGGCAUCGACGAGGUGACGGCGAAGAACAUUGAGGCCUGCAAAACGCUCACAGAUAUCACCAAGACCUCUUUAGGGCCUUGCGGCUUGAGCAAGUUGAUUAUAAAUGCUUGGGGGAAACGCUUUGUUACAAAUGAUACAGCGGCAAUUCUUAAGGAACUGGAGGUGCAGCAUCCUGCGGCAAAGCUGCUUGUGAUGGCGGCCGAAAUGCAAAAACAAGAAAUGGGGGGAGGCUGUAACUUCCUCCUUAUACUAUCUGGUUACCUCCUUGCUAACGCAGACUACUUGCUGCGACAGGGACUGCACCUAAGCGACGUGAUUCAAGGCUACGAGUUGGCCAUGGAAAAAGUCCCAGCAAUCUUAGAAGAGGCUGCGUGCCACUCUGUCGACAACCUUAAGGAUGGGAAGCUACUCGAACCCGUUCUAAAGUGCGUGCUGGCGAGCAAACCAAUAUGUGUGGAGGCUGGCCUCUCGAGUCUUUUGGCAUCAGCUGUCGCCUCAGUGAUGCCUCCCAAGUUUGAGGACUUCGACCCAGAUAACAUUCGUGUGGCGAAGUUGCAGGGCGGUCGCCUUAGCCAGUCUACUGUUCUGAACGGAAUGGUAAUCACCAGGCCUCCCCACGGUCAGUUGGCAAUGUGUGGAUUUGUGUGUACCUUUGGAUCUCUAGUAGAUCAUCAUGAAGUAACCCGGGAGCGCACUGUGGAAUGUAAAAAGAACUGCAAGGUUAUGGUGCUGGGCUGCGGACUGGAAUGUGCAACUACCGAAGCAAAGGGCACUGUACUGAUUCAUACAGCUGAGGAGCUGAAGAACUUUACCAAGGGUGAAGAGGCGCAGAUGGAAGAAGUGAUUCGCGGGAUUAGAAAUGUUGGUGGGCUACGAAGCUUCAAUGCACACCGCCUUCGUAGUGCAUUCGAAAGUGCAUUUAAGGUUUCCAAACAAACCACAGUGUUGUGUUGCCCAUCUUCAUUAGGGUUUGUCGGUGUUGAGGCGAUUAUCGUGCAUGGAGGAGGCAUUGCAGAUAUAGCGCAGCAUUUCUGCAACAAAUACGAGAUCCUUACCAUCAAGGUCCCUUCAAAGUUCGAGGCUAGACGCGUGUGCAGGGCUCUAGGCGCUACGGCUCUGGUUCGGCUGGGUGUACCCAUGGCCGACGAGCUGGGAGUUGCCGAUUCAAUACAAACCAUUGAAAUUUCGAGCACCCGCGUUACGCAGAUUCUUUGCCGUGAUACCCGCGUGCAAACUAUUGUGUUGCGCGGCUCAACUCCAUGCAUCCUUGAUGAGGCAGAAAAGGCUGUUGACGAUGCAUGUGCUUUUGCCAAGGCGCUUACCAAGGACCACAGAUUUGUUGCGGGCGCUGGUGCAGCGGAGAUGGAGAUUGCACGGAAGCUGCAGGCGGUGGCAGAGAAGCUGCCUGGCGUUGACCAGUACGCUGUUUUAAAGGCUGCUGAGGCAUUCGAAGCAAUUCCACGACUUCUCUCGGAAAGCGCUGGCCUGAACGCUACGGAGGUGCUUGCUGCACUGCAUGCAGCACAUGCUACUGGCAGAGUGUUUGAGGGUGUCAACAUGGAUGCCUUUGUAGCGCCAGUUGCAGGUAACCGAGCCACCUCUGGAAACUCAAAGGUGAACAUGACCCUGGAUGCGAAGGCAGCAGGGAUCUAUGAUCACAUGCAGACGAAAGCGUGGGCCACGAGGCUUGCUUUCGAUGCUGCCAUUACCACGCUUCGUGUUGACCAGAUUAUAAUGGCUCGACCUGCUGGAGGCCCAGCGCCGAGGGCGCCAGGAGCUCCAGAUGCUGACUAA